UUGACAGGUCUCGUGCCUCUACGUCACUCCUCCUCAGUCCAUGUAUGGUCACUUCCUGUUCACUGGUUGAUGGACAAAAGGCAAGACUGGAGGCGUUAAAAGGAGAAUGAUGCAUUGUGUGAAUGUGUUUAUUGACCCGCUCUUAUGAUUAUACACUAAUUAGCUUAUUUAAGAUUCUUUGUUUUCACUAAAAACGAUGACCGUGAGUCCCAUAAAACUUUGUUUGUCAGUGAUCGCUGCAUGUUUUUAGUGUUAUUUUCAGAGUUUGAAUGAUUAUCGGGAUAAUGUUUUAUUUUGACCAGAAUAAUCCAGAUGUUUGAAUCUCACACAUCUGGAUUAUGAAACCAUCGAUUCUUCUUGAUGCAUCAAAAGAUUUAUUUGUUAUUGUUUUUAAAACACUUCAUAUUUGUAAUGAUUCAUAAUUACAAACAGAUGAAUUUACUUCUAUUAUCGUUUAUUAAUGUAUAUUAGUAACAAAUAGAAGAGAUGAACAUUUCAUCUCUGCAAAGAGAACCAACAGUAAAAUAAAUCAAAUGUUUCCUCAUGUUGUGAGUCAUGUGACGUAACGAGCUGCUGUUAUUCACCACUAAAGAAUAAAGACUUGUAACCAAUGAGCAUUCAGCUCUUUGUGGAACAUUGAACUCUCUCCUCACUGACUCCAUGACUGUAGCUCUGCAUUGGUUCUAGAGUCUGAGUCCAUACAAACAUAGACAUCAAUGGUGUAUCUGGGUUCAACUAGUUCUACAUAGAGACCUCUGGUUCUCUGUUUAGUUUACAUAGUUUCAGUCUACUUCCUGGUUCACUUCACUCAGAAGAAGAAGUGAAAUGUGUCCAUCUUUUACCUUUUAAUCCAGAAGGUGUCGGUCACAUUGUUUCCAUAUUCAGCUGCUGAAGCUCCGCCUUCCUCACCACAACUCUGCUAGCAUUUAGCCUAGCAUAGCUCAGCCUUCCUCAUCACAACUCUGCUAGCAUUUAGCAUAGCAUAGCUCAGCCUUCUUCACCACAACUCUGCUAGCAUUUAGCAUAGCAUAGCUCAGCCUUCCUCACCACAACUCUACUAGCAUUUAGCCUAGCUUAACUCAGCCUUCCUCACCACAACUCUGCUAGCAUUUAGCAUAGCAUAGCUCAGCCUUCCUCGCCACAACUCUACCAGCAUUUAGCCUAGCUUAGCUCAGCCUUCCUCACCACAACUCUACUAGCAUUUAGCAUAGCUUAGCUCAGCCUUCCUGACCACAACUCUGCUAGCAUUUAGCCUAGCUUAACUCAGCCUUCCUCACCACAACUCUACUAGCAUUUAGCCUAGCAUAGCUCAGCCUUCCUCACCACAACUCUGCUAGCAUUUAGCCUAGCUUAGCUCAGCCUUCUUCACCACAACUCUGCUAGCAUUUAGCAUAGCUUAGCCCAGCCUUCCUCACCACAACUCUGCUAGCAUUUAGCAUAGCUCAGCCUUCCUCAAACAAACUAUCAAAGCAUAAAUAAAGGAUCAUUAAGUGUGAGUCUCUUCUGGUGUAAACAAUGUGUGUACUAGUACAACAAUACUCAUCACUUCUGACCCUCUGCCAGUGUGUACUGGUUAGCAGUUCAUGCAGCAUACCGGUUUUAUUUUCCAGAUAAUCACUUUUUAUAAACCGCCACACAGAACCCUAACCCUGUUUAGAGUUCACUCUUAUUAACAGUGUUCCCUUCUCUCUCAUGGUUGGAACUGUUUCUUAUAACCAACAACUAACUCUUUAAUUGGGUCAAACAAUGCGACACAUAAACAAUUUGUAAAAGUGAUAAGUGAAUGGCAUGCUGGUAACGUUAUAGCGGCUAGCUAACAGCAGAGAGAGCCAGAGGAUGAAGAAAGAGAAACCGGAACUUGUGACCAAGAGAAGAGCUGUUUUAUUAUGGAUCCCACUGCUCUUCUUGCUAAGACCCGCCCUGUGCAGCGUUCGAGCGCUGAGGUCAGCGUCGGUGCUCCUGGAGAUACGGGUAACCUGAUUUUGUUCAGGUCCUGUUUCCUGACCCCCCUAACUACUAGAAGUAACUUCAACCAGUUGUCUCUACCUCAACCAGCUGUGCAGGACGGGUCUUACUAAGAAGAGCAGUGGGAUUCACAAUAACUCGGCACCAAACGGGUUGGAAGAUGGAGAGUUUUGCGAUUGUGGCCGCGAAGCCCAAGGGUCGGCCGUUGCAUGAAGAGGCAUUUGUUCAUCUGACGUUACGAACGCAACAACAAUCCACCUAUGAAGGACACGGUCCCACUACAGACGGGUUAGAAUAAUUAAAACACUGGAGUCGAGGUAUAAAAUACUUGUAAUACUACCGCUAUCAAAACAUUAUACCAACUACAGACCUGUGGACCUUAAAAGGGCCUAAACAUCUAUCUCAUAAAAUACAUUUAUUUUACUUGUAUUUAUUUAAACAAGAUGAAACCUGUUCUUGAUGAGAACUCUUGUCCUGUUUCAGAUAUGAAAAAGGCCCUUUGGCAUCAAGUCCAUGGAAGACUCCUCGUUUGGGAGUUGAGCCUCCUGUGGUUUCGGCGUCUGGUCGGUAAGGACUCUUUAAUCUCUCUCAACCUGUGUAACCCUUGUUUUUUUUCUUGCCUAACAUGUCCCCUUUAAUUUGGUACUUGUGUUUUUCUGUCUGGUCCUUCAGUUUGGGAGCCGCUAUGGACACCAGACCAAAGAUGGACGACGAAACGAUCCACGACGUCCCGGAGAAGCUCGGACCUGAAGAGAUGCAGCUUCCUACCGAGCUUCACAAAGUGCUGAGCGAGGAAGACAUCGUCGGUUCUCGCGCGUCCAUCGUCUACGAGGAGAGUCUUCGUCAGCUGGCGACGCUGCUUCACCUGCCGGUGAAACGCUGUCGCUACCGGAUGUCCACCGGACUCAUGUGCUUCGGCCUCCCCCCGUUUGAGUGUCUCAUUGAACAAAGGUGUACUGCCUUUGUAGUUGAAUGGGUUUGUCCUCGUGGUCACGUUGUCUGGAGCUGGACCUCACAGCCGACCUUUAAGUUCGGGAUGUUGGCGGGUGACUUCAUGCUCGGGACGAACAUCCUGUUGAGCGGGAACAACUACAGUAAAGUUGCCCUCCUGUUCCGCUUCAUGAACAUGGGAGUCGUCAGUCCGGCCACUUUCUCCAAGAUCCAGGACACCUACUGCGUGGACACGAUCCGGGAGUUCUGGAUGGAGAGGUCCGAGGGCGUUCAGUGGUUACAGGGCAAAGAUGUGGUCGUUGUAGGAGGUGAAAGGAGCGAUUCACCAGUUUUACAUUCAGAUGUACGAAAAGUGAUCGUUGUUAAAGAAGAGCAGCAGGAGUGGAGCUCCAGUCUGGACCAGGAGGACCCAGAGCCUCCACACAUUAAAGAGGAACAAGAGGAACUCUGGACCAGUCAGGAGGGAGAGCAGCUUCAAGGUCUGGAGGAGGCUGAUAUCACCAAGUUCACAUUCACUCCAGUGAAGAGUGAAGAUGAUGAAGAGGAAGCUCAGUCCUCACAGCUUCAUCAAAGACAAACUGAACAGAUGGAAACAGAAGGUGAUGGAAAGGACUGUGGAAGAUCAGAACCAGACCCUGAUGAGGAGACUAUAGACUCUUUUGAACCUGAGACUGAUGACUGGGAGGAGUCUAAAGAACCUCAGUCAGGUUUACACUCUCUGAAUAAUGAGGCAGUUUCUGUCAGUGAUUCAAGAUCUAGUGCUGGAGAGAAACCAUUUGGCUGCUCAGAGUGUGGGAAAAGAUUUGGAACCAAGACAUAUCUAAAGAUUCACGUGAGAUCUCAUACAGGGGAGAAACCUUUCAGCUGCUUGUCGUGUGGUAAAGGAUUCACCCGGAAAGUGUUGUUGCAGUUACACAUUAAAUCUCAUACCGGAGAGAAACCAUUCAAUUGCUCCGUUUGUGGUAAAAGUUUCACACAAGCAGGAAGUCUGACACGCCACAUGCCCCUCCACACAGGGGAGAAAAGAUUUAGCUGCAGUGUUUGUGAAAGAAGAUUCACUUGGUACACCAGCCUUAAAACACAUAAAUGUGCCGGUCAUCCGUCCUCACAGCUUCAUCAGAGACAAACUGAGGAGAACAGAGAGGCAGAACCUCCAGCCUGCAGCUCAACUGAACACAAGGACUGUAGAGGACCAGAACCAGCCAAGACCUCAGAUCCAGAUACUGUUGACAAGACUGGAGACUCUUCUGAGACUGAUGACAGUGAGGAUGACUGGAAAGAGUCCAGAGAACCUCAGGCAGGUUUAAACUCUUCGAAUGAUUCUGUCAGUGAUUCCAGAUGUGGUACUUGUGAGAAACCAUUUAGCUGCUCUCACUGUGGGAAAAGAUUUGGCUUCAAGGCACAUCUGAAGCGACACACAAGAUCUCAUACAGGAGAGAAACCAUUCAGCUGUUUAUUCUGUAAGAAGUCAUUUGCACAAAGCGAUAGUCUACAGAAACACAUGAGAAUCCACACGGGAGAGAAACCAUACAGCUGCUCACUGUGCGGUAAAGCUUUCAGUGAAAAUGGAAAUCUGAAAGUACACAUGAGAUCUCACACAGGAGAGAAACCCUUCAGCUGCUCAGUUUGUAAGAAAUCUUUCACAAAGAGUGAUAGUCUACAGAAACACAUGAGAAUCCACACCGGAGAGAAACCAUUCAGCUGCUCAGUGUGUGGGAAAUCUUUCAGUGAAAGUGGAAAUCUGAAGAGACACAUGCGACUCCACACAGGAGAGAAAUCAUCCAGCUUCACUGCUUUUGACUGAAGAUGAAUAUUCACUUGGUUUUAUCAGCUCAGAAACUUUAUAGUGCGGCAGAUUAAGUCAAUAUUCCAUUAGAAUCUUUCACUUGGUGAUACAAGCACCAAAUUUGGCAUGAAUAAUGCCUAGGAACUACCCUUUCAGAAAAGCCCGGUAUCCACCUGAAAAUCCAAGAUUUUUUAAGAUGGCCGUCACCAAAAAUGUGAAUAGGUUUUUCAGUGUAGAAAUUGAAUUUUAAUAAUCUAGACAUCAAAAUGUAUGUAUUUUGACAUGAGAAAUUCAAUGGUGUCAAUAAAAAUUCAAUAUGGUCGCAAUUUUUCAAGAUGGCGGCCAUUUGUUACUCAAAAUUCACACUUUUUGUCGUUCUUUGAUCAGAGAUUAGGUUUCAGCUGGAUGAAGUAGUAGUCCAAGUUCCAAAUUAUCUUUUUGAUCCAAAUUAAAAAUGUUUUGAUUGAUCUAUAUGAGGUGACAUUCUGUUUAUAAAAGAGUCAUGUCAAAGCACAACCAGGGCACACUGGUGACAUCAUUGCUGUGAGACUCAGCAUGGGGUUCAGUGUCAGCUAAUUAGUGUACUUGCUGUAGUGCUAACUGUAGUUCUAGUAUAGUUUAGUGUCCCAAAUGCUAUCUAAUUAGCCCUGUAUAUCUGUAAAUCGCAUAUAUUGGCGGCCAUCUUGGAAAAUGGCGGCCAUAUUGUUUUUCCAUCGUGGAUACCGGGCUUUUUUUAAAAUAUAGGUCUUGAAGAUAAUUUGUUGCUUGUAUCACCAAGUGAAAGAUUGUUUCACUAAUCUGCCCCACUAUUAAGUGUUUCUCAUCGGAUUAGAUCAAGAUAGACACCCAGAACCGGAUCCUGGUGACAAGACUGGAGACUCUUCUGAGACUGAUGACGACUGGAAGGAGACCAGAAAACCUCGGUCAGGUUUAAACUCUGAACAAUGUGUCUUUCAGUCAUCUGAAAUAUAUCUUCUGUCAGUGAGGGAAAGUUUGGCAACAAAAAAAAUCUGAAGGUGCACGUGAUGAUUCACACAGUAGAGGAACAUUUCAGUGCACACUUCUGAGAGGCAGAAGUUAGUGCGUCAAAUGUCUAUCAACUUCCUGUUAUUGACACAACAGCAACAUUCUCAAAGGACCAGAAUGAGGUUCAAACAAGAAGUCCUGUUCGUGGUCAUUGAUGAAAGUCUUACCUGAUAUGAAACACAAUCUGUAUUUAUUAUAUAUGAAGACAAAUGUUUCUGAAAAAUUAACAUUAAAAACUGUUAAGUAUAAAAUGUUUGGUAAGAUUAUUUUUAUUUUAGAGAUAUUUUGGCUGUUUGCUUUGACACAUUUCAUUCUGACACAUUAAAGUUUGACAUAUUAAUUAAAUGGGAGAGUUUUUGUAUCAGAAGUGAAACUGAAGUCUGGAACAAGUUUUAUCAACGAGGGACAUAAACAUAUUGUGAUAGUCGCUGUUGUAUUUCCCUUGAAUAAUUAACCUGAAUCAGCCCUAACUAUAAACCUGAGCCAGCCCUAACUAUAAACCUGAGCCAGCCCUAACUAUAAACCUGAGCCAGC